UUUAAUUAGCAACAUAGAGGAGGGAGUCAAAUGCUAUUUGUGUGCUGGUAUUUACAUAGAUCAACAUAAAGUUGCUGCUUCCGUAAAUAUUAGUUCAUCUUUUUAAAAAGAAAGUGGAAGAACAGUCUAUUGGAUGUGAGAAUUGAGAGGUUUGACCUCCUCUCUCUCCAUGUUCCUGCAUUCUAUAUUUUUUUUUCCAUAGGAAGAAAUUGAUUCAUGCAAUAUUUGCAGCUUUCCUAACUUGUGUGAUAAUAUUGUACAGGCAGUUCUGGUAUAUUCUUAAUAUACCACUCAACUUAAUAUGAAACUGUUUAAAAUGUAAAGCAAAUGUCUACCAUAGUACAGAAUAUUACAUGAUCUUGUCCUUCUGAAUACCACGUAAAUGUUUUACAUCUACAGUAUUCUACUUUUUAAAUGUUAUUUUGCUUGGAAAAGAACGCCACAUUUGGAACUAAAAUACAAGUGGCAGGUUUUUAUAGAUUUUUAUAUUCUGUCCUACAGCUCAGCCUAAUAUGCAUGAAAUGUAGAAGGUAUUGUGUUAAAUAAGCCUCUAGACAAACAAAACAAAACAAAAACAAAAAAACAACAACCCAUAAAUAGAUUUUGCUAUGGAAACUAGUUUCUAGCAGACAAAAGAAAUGACUUCACAAAAACAAGCCAUAUUUGUUUAUUCACAAUGUCUGAUGUAAUUGAGUUCUAAAUUAUUUUUCUUGAAAUGCAGUUCACAUGUAUGAUAAUCCUUAUCGGCAUGUACUGUUAGUUUUGGAUUAAUUCAAUAGAUCAAUAUUGUACUUAGGGCAGGAAAUCUCUGCAUUUCAUUAUGCAGCAAACCCACUACACGCACUCGUCUGGGGAUGCUGACUUGUCCUCCUAAUCUGAGUUUCUGAUGGAUUGGACCUCCUAUUUUGUACUGUUAGUAUUUUAAAAUGUUAAUUUACUCUUCUAGUACCAACCCCAUGAUCUCUUCUUGAUUUAUUUUCUGGCUAUUUAAUAUCACUUAACUUUUUUAUUGGUCUUCAUUGUUUUAAUUUAUAAUUAUUUAGCUAAAUAAAAAUGAAAGGUAAUCACUUAUAUGAACUUAAUAGCAAUGAUACACUUAUAGCAGAGUAUAAUGCAAGAGCUCAACUGGCUUCUGAAGAACUAAUGGACAAGAUUCUGUUUAUAUAAAAUACCCCAUAAAUCUUUUUCAAGAACACUAAAUAGAAUAGCUAAUCCCAUAUCUUCCACUUUAUCCUCUCAAACAACUUGGUAAUGCAACUCAUUCAAUGUAUUAGGCCUAUUAAAAUAUUUAUGAAUUUACCUUUUUGAAAUGUUUAAUUUUCCAUACCUGAUUAACUCCUGAGUCAGCAUAGAAAAUAUUGCCUGCAAGAGAGAGAAAGAGAGGGGGGUUUCACAGGAAGGAGAUUUUAUAAGCUAAGACCCAUUUGUUUUUUUAAUAUUUUUUUCUUGCCACCAUUGCGAAUUGAUCGAAUAUUAAUAUCAAAUAUUACCAUUGCUAAUUUCUCCUUGCCAGCUGACCAAUCCUUUACUAUUUGAUUAGACAGUGAAGUCAUAAAGCUAUAUUUGUGACAUUGUAUUAAUUUCCAUGGCAAUAGACUGUGAGGUCACAAGUGCUUGGUCACUUUGCUGUUCACUCAUUUAAACAAAAUUACAAAGAAAGAGCAAAGCUGUCUUUGAUAUAGUGGACUGGAUAGGGGUAUGGAUUGCUCUGUGAACCCUGGAAGAGAAAGGCAGAAUUGAGCUUGAGUGGCUCUCUGCUCUUCUCUUUUUGAGAGGACGUGUAAGGUAGAAUGGCUCGUGUUUUUGUGUAUGGAACCCUUAAAAAAGGCCAGCCCAACUACCAGCACAUGAUAAAUGGUACCCACGGGAGAGCAAGAUUCCAAGGCAGGGGACGCACUGUGGAGAAAUACCCUUUGGUGAUUGCAGGAAAAUAUAACAUUCCUUUUUUGCUGAACAUCCCCGGAACUGGACACCAUGUUACUGGAGAGAUUUAUUCUGUUGAUGACCAGAUGCUGCAAUUCCUUGAUGAAUUUGAAGGUUGCCCAGACAUGUAUCAACGUACUCCAGUGAGAAUUGUAGUAGUAGAGUGGGAAGGUAAAAGCAGUGCACCUGAAGAGAGGCCAGCUGUUAACAGCAUUAUGGAAUGCUUUGUGUACAGCACAACUACCUACCAGCCAGAGUGGAUAAAUCUCCCUUACUAUGACAAUUAUAAUUCCUUAGGGAAUCACGGUCUUCAUUAUGUGCUACGUGAAAGUAGAGAUUAAAAAUGAAAGGUAACAAAAUGUAUUAAGAAAAUGCACUAAACACGUGUUGAUCACAAGCCUCUCUCAAGUAAAUCUACAAUACUUUUAUUGAAGCACCUAAGACCUUUUGUAACCUUUCUAGCCACAAAAUCAUUGAUUCUAACAUCAUUACCAUAGAGAUACAGACUCUAAUGCCAAGCCUGGCAAAUAUUUACUUGUUCCCUUGGCCAAAAUGAAUAAUUGUUUUUGAUUGGUGAGUAAAAUACUUUGGGUUUGGGUUUUUUCUUUCUUUUGUAAAAUCAAGGUAAAAGGGCAGCUGAGUAGAAAGGUUCUUCACACUAACUGGUAAAGUUUCAUGUCAGGUUUGUAAAACUGGUAAAACAGUAGUGCUACUGCAAGAUAAUGAAAUAUGGCUGAUUUCAGUAUAUUGGAAAAACAGCCCAGAUUACUGCACGACAAUCCUCAGUCAGUAUCUGUCUCAAAAGAAAACAAUUACAUCUAUGUCAAGUGAUAGAAAAGAGAAUUAGAAAAUCCCGAAAAUAGAAUGAACUUCUCUCUGUGUGGUGUAACAAAUUGUACUGAAUUUUGUCUGUUAAAGCUAACUUGAUUGUAACAAUUGUUUGUAAGAUCCACUGGGUUUAUAAAAUGUAUUAGGAUAAAAUCUUGGGAAUGUACAGGAGUUAAAUUUAAAAUCAUGUUAUUUUGUCCCACUAAACCAUCCCAGCACUUUUGGUGCCAUUAUAAUCUGAGUAAAUGUGGGCUCAGGGACUUCUUAACAGCUGAUUUUAACUGCCCAGUACCUUUAUAGGACUGUUUUUUAGCAAAGUACUUAGUGAUAUAAUAGCUCAUAAGUCUGUAGGAAAUCUUUAAUGCAAAAAUCACAAAUACAUGAAAACUGAACUGUUUUCUUUAAUUUUUGUUUUUUAAAUAUAAAAAAGGAUUGUCUUUUUCUUUUGCACUAUUUAGGCAAACACUUUUUUCUCUUGCUGCUUGUUACCUAGUAGGUCCUCUACUUUACAUGUAAUAUUCACAGAGCACAUGCUACAUUCAUUGUAUAAACCUGUCAAUGAAGGGAGGAUGUGUGUGAAAUGUAAUGUGUAGAAUAAGCCAAAUUACACUUUCAGUGAGGUUCCUUGCAUUGGGGCUACAACAUCAAGACAGGUUUUUUUUUUGACAGUUUACCUGCCAUGUCUUCAGGUUCAGCUGAUCGCGGCUCUCACUGGCCUGGAGUGGUGAAUCGCGGCCAAUGGGGGCGAGGGGAAGUGGCAGCCAGCACAUCCCUCAGCCCGCGCCGCUUCCUGUUGGCCUGGGAUGGCGAACAGUGGCCAGUGGCCACAAUUGGCCGAACCUGCGGAUGCGGCAGGUAAACGAACCAUCCCGGCCCGCCAGGGGGCUUACGCUGGUGAGCCACGUGCCAAAGGUUACCGAUCCCUGGUAUAUACUAUCUGAUGACAAUGGGAGAUUUUCACACCGAUCCAGGGAAGAAUAUGUUCUUAUUUAAUAAUUGUAACACUGUUGUAUGCAGAAUCACAUGGAAAAGUUAUACAGGGUACUUUUAAACAUGCCACUAAGAUGGAUAGGGCUUUUAUUUCAGGCUGCCUGACACACUGAGUCAUAGCUAGGUUUUCUUCAAAACUGUAAGGGCUAAAAACAUUUUUACUGAAACUUGGAAGAAUCUUGCAUGGUUUCUUGCUAAAUUUCUUAAGCAGACAGUUUUAUCCCAUACUGCUGUAAAACUAGGACAUUGGAAUGGAUACACUGUUGAAUAUUGAAUUAAGUAUAGUGAUGCUUGACAAAGUAAAGUGGUCUGAGUAUAGGACAGGGAGGGGGUAUGUCUACAUUACAAUCUUAAGUCGAUCUAGGUUAGUAAUUACUGUGGUGGCUGAUGUCCACACUACUCACCAGGAGCACUUCCAGCGAGUGAAGAGCGGAAGUCAGGUGGGUGGAGACCCAGGGCUCCCAGCUCUCCAGUAGGAUCAGGGAGGAAGCCAUGCCCAGAGUCCAGUCAGGGAACUGAGAGCUCAGGGGGAGACAGCUGAUGUAAGUAACAUAGUGUCUACGUUGACUCUGUGUUGCCCUAAUUACACUGCCAUAAGCCCUAUGCCUCUGGUGGAGGUGCAGUUGUAGUAGGUACCCCAUUGGCCAGACAAGGCUGUAGUGUAGACAGUGACAUAAUUAGGUUGACAUAAGUUGCCUUAUGUUGACCUAACUACAGUGUAGGUUAGGGCUUAGUCAGGAUAGGAUUCAGGCCUGCCUGAAUUACGCUUUCUGUGGUUUUAGACAAAUCACUAAGGGCUUGAGGUAGAAGUAACUCAGAAAUCAAGGACAUACCCUUGGCCAAACUGGAGAUAGGCCCGUAGUAAGGUUCUAACGUCACUUUCACCCUGAAAUGAAAAUACCUCUUGGCUCAAA